CGAAGCAUUAUAUCGUAAAGUAAGCAAAGAGAAUAAUACGAUUUCGAGAGGAAAAGUCGUAUAACCACAAAUAUGCUUUGUCUGGUGCAGUUUAACUGAAAUAUUCGGUGCUGAGCCGAUUGCAGGCCACAGGUGAGGAAACACGGAUGAAACCGCUGACAAAAAGUAAACAUUUCUUUAAUCGGCCCCUACCAGAUGUAAAUUAACUAAUAAUUUGCUCGGUAGUGCGUGACAAAGCCGAUUUUGUUCUAGCGUUGAAAUUCGGUAUAAUGCCGCCUUUAAAGUCGAUCGGUCUUGGUUUUUCACAUCAUACGAACGAGCACUGAAGCUCGGCACGAUGGCAGAACAAGUGAGAAAAACAUUUUCUCUGUUGUUCUUCUUUGCUAUCAUCGUCGCAAUAUGUCGAGCUGAUGACGUGUCCAAGAGCAAAACUAAUCAUUCUACUAUAGUUGAUCAUAACAAGAGUAAAAAUGCUUUACGGUAUGGCUAUGGAUCUGGUGCCAGCGCGGCGGCUGCUGCUGCAGCCGGUGGAUAUGGAGGGGUUGGUGGAGGUAUUCAAGGUGGUAUUGAAGGAGGGUUUGAAGCUGGCAUAGACGCCGGCGUGGAAGCUGCCGCUGGAGCAACCGCCAGUGCUGGUAUAGGUGGAAUGAUAUCAGGCGCCAUUGGUGGAUUAUUUGAAAGUAGUCUUAGUGGUGGCGUGCAAGCUGAAAUCGAAGGCGGAAUACAAGCAGGCGUUGAAGCUGGUGGGAGCGCUGGCGCUUAUGGCAUUGGCAAUUAUGGUGGUAAUGCUUACGGAGGAGCUGGCGCCACAGCUGCAGCUACUGCCGGAGCAGGUGGAGGCUACAGAACUGGUGGAGGUUAUUAUGGUGGAGCUGAUGCCAGUGCUGCGGCUGCUGCCGGGGCAGGAGGUGGUGGUUAUUUAGGUGGUGGCUUAUAUGGUGGAGCGGGCGCUAGUUCUGCAGCUGCUGCAGGAGCCGGAGGUGGAGGUUACUUGGGUGGGGGCUUUUAUGGUGGAGCUGAAGCCAGUGCCGCGGCUGCUGCCGCGGCAGGAGGCGGAGGUUAUUUAGGCGGAGGCUUAUAUGGGGGAGCUGAUGCCAGUGCUGCGGCUGCUGCCGCAGCGGGCGGUGGAGGUUAUUUAGGCGGAGGCUUAUAUGGGGGAGCUGAUGCCAGUGCUGCGGCUGCCGCCGCAGCGGGCGGUGGAGGUUAUUUAGGCGGAGGCUUAUAUGGUGGAGCUGAUGCCAGUGCUGCCGCUGCUGCUGCGGCAGGAGGUGGAGGUUACUUAGGUGGGGACUUUUAUGGUGGAGCUGAUGCUAGUGCUGCAGCUACUGCAGGAGCAGGAGGUGGAGGCUAUUUGGGUGGAGGUUAUUAUGGUGGAGCUGAUGCCAGUGCUGCAGCUGCUGCUGGGGCAGGUGGUGGUGGUUACUUAGGUGGAGGUUUAUAUGGUGGAGCAGGCGCUAGUUCUGCAGCUACCGCAGGAGCAGGAGGUGGAGGUUAUUUGGGUGGGAGCUUUUAUGGUGGGGCUGAUGCUAGUGCUGCGGCUGCGGCUGCUGCUGGGGCAGGAAGUGGAGGUUAUUUAGGUGGAGGCUUAUAUGGCGGAGCUGGCGCUAGUUCUGCAGCUGCUGCCGCGGCAGGUGGUGGGGGUUUAUAUGGCGGAGCGGGCGCUAGUUCGGCAGCAGCUGCUGGAGCUGGAGCAGCAGGUGGAGGUUAUUUAGGUGGAGGUUCAUAUGGCGGAGCUGCUAGUUCUGCAGCAGCUGCAGGGGCAGGAGGUGGUGGUAUAUAUGGUGGAGCGGGCGCCAGUUCUGCAGCUGCUGCCGGUGCUGGAGGUGGAGGUUAUCUGGGUGGUGGCGGCUUGUACGGUGGAUCCAGCGCCGGUGCGGCGUCAGCUGCUGCAGCUGGUGCUGGUGGGGUUGGAGGUUACCUUGGCGGCAGUAGCGCAGCUGGUGCAGCCGGCAGUGCUGGUGGCUACACUUACACAUAUGGUUUCAAGUAACAUGAAAAAUACGAAUAGUCAAAUAUGCAAUUUUCAAAUAUAGUUUUGGGACAAUUCAACCACCUGUUAUGGAAAGCAAACCACAAUUUUAGUUUAAAAAAUGGUAAUACUGCAUUGAAGUUGAACAUGUAUUUUUGUGUAGCAUUAUAAAUCUAUUAUUUGUAUUAACAGAAACUGGUAAUUUUACCAUGCGUGCAAAGUCUGUCCAUUGACCCGUACAGAUCGUCAAAUUGGUUGUAUUUUAUUAUACAUAAGUAUUUGUAUAAAUAUGUAUCCAUAUUAAAUAUGUAUAAUAUGUAUUUAAAAUAUUUCUUAUUAUUUUUGCAACAGUUAUUUAUUGUUUUAUUAUAUAUUAUAUAUAG